CGUCCCCUCGGGCGCCGCGGGCCGGGGGCCGAUGCGCGGCGGCGGCGGCGGCGGCGGCGGCGGGGAGUUCCCGUGAGUCCCGGCCCCAGGAUGCAGAAUGUGAUUAACACGGUGAAGGGAAAGGCGCUGGAAGUGGCUGAGUACCUGACCCCCGUCCUCAAGGAAUCAAAAUUUAAGGAAACAGGUGUUAUCACCCCAGAAGAGUUUGUGGCAGCUGGAGAUCACUUAGUCCACCACUGUCCAACAUGGCAAUGGGCUACAGGGGAAGAAUUGAAAGUGAAGGCAUAUCUACCAACAGGCAAACAAUUUUUGGUCACCAAAAAUGUGCCAUGCUACAAGCGGUGCAAACAGAUGGAAUAUUCAGAUGAAUUAGAAGCUAUCAUUGAAGAAGAUGAUGGUGAUGGGGGAUGGGUAGAUACUUACCAUAAUGCAGGUGUUACAGGAAUAACUGAAGCAGUUAAGGAGAUUACAUUGGAAAGCAAGGACAGUAUAAAACUUCAAGAUUGCUCAGCAGUAUGUGAGGAGGAGGAAGAAGAAGAUGAAGGAGAAGCUGCAGAUAUGGAAGAAUAUGAAGAAAGUGGAUUGUUGGAAACAGAUGAGGCUACCUUAGACACACGGAAAAUAGUAGAAGCUUGUAAAGCUAAAACUGAUGCUGGAGGUGAAGAUGCUAUUUUGCAAACGAGAACUUAUGACCUUUAUAUCACUUAUGAUAAAUAUUACCAGACACCACGGCUAUGGUUGUUUGGCUAUGAUGAGCAAAGGCAGCCUUUAACAGUUGAACACAUGUAUGAAGACAUUAGUCAAGAUCAUGUGAAGAAAACAGUGACCAUUGAAAAUCACCCUCAUCUCCCACCGCCUCCUAUGUGUUCAGUUCACCCAUGCAGGCAUGCUGAGGUGAUGAAGAAAAUCAUUGAGACUGUUGCAGAAGGAGGGGGAGAACUUGGUGUUCAUAUGUAUCUUCUAAUUUUCUUGAAGUUUGUACAAGCUGUCAUUCCAACAAUAGAAUAUGACUACACAAGACACUUCACAAUGUAACGAAGAGAGCAUAGAAUCUAUCCUAAUUAUUGUUUCUGAUUUUUAAAGAAUUAACCCAUAGAUGUGACCAUUGACCAUAUUCACCGAUAUGUACAAUUUCUCUAAUAAAGGGACUUAUAUGUUUAUGCAUCAAAUAAAAAAAGUUCCACUACCAGCCUUAUUUGUUUAAUAAAAAUGAGUGUAAAGAGA